CCAAUGGCCCGGCGCAUUGUGGGGCUCGUCACUGGCGGCGGCCCGCCGGGGGCUGUAGUUCUGGGCGGGAGCCGAGCGGAAGCCAUCGGGGCCCUUCCUCAGUCGCCGCUGUGUUGCAUGCGGGGCUGCGGCGGGAAGAGCGGCGCCGGAGGGAGCGCAGCGUGGGCCGAGUAAGCGAGCACUCGGCGCCGGUCCAGCGGUGCCCUGCCGCCUCACGGGCGAGCGGCGCGCUCCGUGCCUCACACCCCUGCAGGGGUUAAUCGUCCCUCCUCUCGCCCCGGCCGGGCCAUUCCCCGCCGGGCCGCGGCACCACCCGGGCUGGAAGGUGAUGGGUGAGCUGAGAAGCUGGUGAAGCUUACAUGAAAUACUUCUACUGAUCAGUAGCCCAGGUGAAAUAGGCAUGUCCUAAGAUGGCAGUAGAUCUGGAGUAUGAACCAGCCUACAGAAGUGAGUCGAUGCCGGAUUUGUGAGCCUCUGUGCCUUGAUGGCUCUCACUUACUCUGUCUCUAAACCAAAGCCAUCUUUUUACCAAAGCAGUAAAGGAAUGGUGCACAGCUUGAUUACAGAAUGCUCUUUCCAAGGAAGUGAACUGUGAAGGAAGGACUCAUGAGUUUUGAUCCCAGGGGCUUGGAGAGCGUCCCUGAUGGCUGCUCCAAUGAGGACCUUCCUGAGGUGGAGUUGGUGAGCAUGCUGGAAGAACAGUUGCCAGAUUACCAGUUACGAGUGGACUCUCUGUACCUGUAUGAAAAUCCAGACUGGAUUCAGCCCAUGGCUUGCCAUGGCCGGCUGCCGGAGAUGGCUGCUCCAGCUCGUGAGGAGGACUCCUUCCGUUACAUGAUUCUUGGCACAGAUAAUGUGGAGCAGAAAGACUGCGGUGAAGCUGACAUGGUCAAACAUCUGUUAGCUGAGAAGGAUCGGGACCUGGAACUGGCAGCGCGAAUUGGACAAGCCCUCCUUAAGCGAAAUCAUCUGUUGAUGGAGCAGAAUGAAGCACUGGAAGAACAGUUAGGACAAACUCUAGACAGAGUUAAUCAGCUGCAGCAUGAACUGUCAAAGAAGGAUGACCUGCUACGUAUUGUUUCCAUCGCUUCUGAGGAGAGUGAGACGGAUUCCAGCUGUUCCACACCACUGCGCUUCAACGAGUCUUUCACUGUCUCCCAUGAUCCAUUGCAGCUGGAUGUCCUGCAGGAUAAACUAAGAGAGCUGGAGGAAGAGAACCUGGCUCUGCGAUCCAAGGCUUGCCAUCUGAAGUCAGAAACCAUUACAUACGAAGAGAAGGAACAGCAGCUGGUCAAUGACUGUGUCAAAGAACUCCGGCAAACAAAUGCUCAGAUUUCCAGGAUAACAGAGGAGUUGUCAGAGAAGAGUGAGGAGGUGAUUCGCUACCAGGAAGAGAUCUCAUCCCUUUUGUCCCAGAUUGUUGAUCUUCAGCAUAAACUCAAAGAGAAUAUGAUUGAGAAGGAGGAGCUGAAACUUCACUUACAAGCCUCCAAAGAUGCUCAGAGACAACUGACAGCAGAGCUCCAUGAGUUUCAAGACCGGAAUGCAGAGUGUCUGGGGAUGUUGCACGAGUCCCAGGAAGAAGUGAAGUUGCUGCGCAGUAGAGCCAGCUCUGUCGCUUGUCUCUGCCACCCGCAGUCUCGUGGAGCAUUUCCUGUGGAUUCCCUUGCAGCAGAAAUUGAAGGGACAAUGCGGAAGGAAUUGAGUCAGGCUGAUGAAUCUGUUCUCUCCAAGCAAAAGGUUCAACAGAAGCGAGUGUUUGACACUGUCAAGGUUGCUAAUGUCAUCCGUGGCCGCUCCUCUUCCUUUCCUGCGCCGUUGCCAAUCCCUGGAUCAAAUCGCUCGAGUGCUGUUAUGACAGCAAAGCCCUUCCAGUCUGGCGUGCACCACUUGGAGUGCCACACACAGAUGGCCCCAGGGAGCAGCUCUGAGAAGAAUUUGAAAGACACUCACAGUCCUGGCCAGCCGGGAACCCCUGGAGACAAUGACCUGGUCACAGCUCUGCACAGGCUCUCUCUGCGUCGUCAGAACUACCUGAGUGAGAAGCAGUUCUUUGAGGAGGAGUGGGACCGAAAAAUGUAUUUGCUGGCUGAGCAGAAAGAUGAGGCUAGUAGCUGCAGUACACCAACAGAAAGCUCUUUUUCCCCAAGUACAAACUCAGAAUUCACGGAUCUCUCUGCCAGCUCUAGUAAUCUCCGCGUUCUCCUACCAGAGAAGUUGCAAAUUGUCAAACCCAUUGAAGGAUCUCAGACCCUUUUUCAUUGGCAGCAGCUUGCUCGACCCAACCUCGGCACCAUUCUUGACCCAAGACCAGGUGUUGUUACUAAAGGCUUUACCCCUCUGUCUGAUGAUACUGUGCACCACAUCUCUGACCUGGAGGAAGAUGAUGAGGAAGAGGGUGAAGGAGGUAUAACAUUUCAAGCACAACAGUCCUUCCCAGAGGAAAAGAAAUGUGCAUUGUCAAAGCCAGCAGCAGGCAUUUUCGUGCCAUCUAUUACUUCAGCAACAGUACCACUCACUGCCUCAAAUCCAGGGAAGUGUCUAUCUUCAACAAAUUCCACAUUUACCUUCACUACCUGUAGGAUCCUUCACCCAUCUGAUGUCACUCAAGUAACUCCCAGUUCCAUGGGUGCUCUAUUUUCACUGGGGAAUACUGGCAGUAGUACUGGAAACCCAGUAGUGAGCACUCCAGCAGCUCUUCCUUACAGACUAAGUAUUGGAGAAUUUGUUACCAACAGAAGAGACUCAACUACUACUUUCAGCAGCACAAGCAGCCUGGCUAAACUUUUGCAAGAACGAGGCAUCUCUGCCAAGGUUUAUGACAGCCCCAUGUUAGAAAAACUGCCUUUGCUGCAACCCCCUCGAACUCUUCCCAUUCCUUCUACUCCACCAAAUUCUCCUUCGCGUUCACCUUGUCCUUCCCCUCCACUGUUUGAGCUUCGAGUGCAUCACUCAGACAAUUUCCUGGCUUCUCGACCAGCAGAAACGUUUUUGCAGGAAAUGUAUGGCCUAAAGCCCUCCCGUAACGUCCCAGACAUAGGCCAGCUGAAGAUGAGCCUUGUGGACAGACUGAAGAGGCUGGGCAUUGCCAGGGUGAUCAAGCCCCCUGAAACACAGGACCAUGGCAAGAAUCAGGGGCCAGAGGUUGGCUUGCAGAGGCAGGACUCAACUGGGUUCUUAAAUGCAGGUAGCAACUUAAUGGCAGGACUGAGAAGAAACCAGAGUCUUCCAGCCAUAAUUGGAGCACUGGGAGCUCCUGUUUGCACACAGUCAUCAAAAAUGGAUAUACUAAAGGAAGACUAACUGGCCUGAAAGGUGUUUGACUUAGAGCACAGUAAAUAAUUUGAGGGAUGAACAUCCAGUACAGGCAUUGUUAGGUGUGUUACAGAAGCGUUGGAGAAGGCAUGUGCAUGUUAAAAUGUGGGAAAGACAAGCGUUGGGACCAAGGAGCAAAGGAACAUUGCUUGGGUUUGAGGAAGAAGGUUUUUGUGGGAGACAGAAAGGUAAAACCAAAGCUUUAUUUCAAGACCCCCCUUCAGCAUCUUGUCUUAACUUAGUCAGAAGUGAAGACUGUUGUAGACAUUUUCAAUGUUUUAACCCUUUAACCUCUAUGUGUAGGUAUUUUAUUUUUUUCCACCAUACACCCAUAGUAUUUACUAGUUGUUUGCAGUCAGGCUACAUAAUUUAAAUAUAAUAUUAAAAUAACAAUCAGUCUGACCAGCAUUAUCAGCCCAAGUUCCUCUCUGUAGCAAACAAAUAUGAAAACUUGGAAUUUUUUUUCAUUCUUUUAUUUUCCAUUUCAGAAGCUCUGCUCUUUUGAACACCUCCUCACUUUGAGAAGCAGGGGAGAGAAUCUUUAGCUCUAUGUAAGAAAGUAAUACUUCAGUUUACAAACACAGGAUUUAUAUUUUGAAAGAGUGCAAUUGUGUUAGUGAGGUAUUGACAGAAGUUAAUUUCUUUCCAGAGCUUGUGAACAAAGCACACAGAGAAAUGUGCAAUGAAUAAGAAUUAAGAACCAGAAUAGUGUGUUGGGGUGAGAACAUCCAGCUAAGAAAUCUUUCCAAAGUGUAGAGUGCAUCUAUUUAAAUGAGGAUAGUUUUAUGCACACACACUCACACAAAUAUCUCAGGCACGUUUCAGCAUUGCAAAAGGAAAUAAACCCUAGGUGCUUGAUUAAGGGCUUCUUUUUAAAGACUUAAAUGGAGAACAUUUACUUCAAGGAAAUUGUUGGAAGUUCAGAAAACUGCCUCUUGUCUUGCCAAGUACACAUUCUUUAUAUUUGAUAGUUCUCCAGUAAACUUUAUGUCUUUCAUUCAAUUAUUUCUCAUUUUAAGUAGGAUUUUGUUUAAAAGAUUUCAUUAAGAGCAAAAUUUGUCAGUCUCUAAAUAGAAACAGGAAGAAAAAAGCUGGUGUUCUUUGUAGCAUUUUAAUGAAUAUUGAAAUCCAGUGACCAGUGAUGGAGUGUGUUUCUGAACAUAGCUGAGGCAGAGUUUCCAACUCAAAAAAGAACUUCAUUUUAGAAAUCUGGUUUCUGAGUGUUAAUUAUAAAAAUAUUACUGCCCAUGCUACUUUUUUGAUUCCUUCCUGUCCAAGAUUCUAAUCAUAAAUGAACAAUCUACAACAGAUGUUUUGUGUAACUUAAGAAAAAGUUGUCUUUGCCAGUGACCUGAAUAGAAACAGCUUCUUAGUCUUUAUAUAAAUUUUCACUGUACCUCUCAACAUUAUAAAAUGAUUUGUUUCCAUACAAUUAGAUUAAGCAGUUAAGUUUACCUUGCCUGUUACUAUGUAAGUGGGGUAUAGCUGGCAGCUGUCUAGGGGUGUGGUGUGAAGCAUCAGUGCAGUCACACUGAUUUGCAUUUGCUGUUAGGCAUAUUAUCCAUAAUCAGUACCCUUGUUGCUGCAGAGGUGAAUGGAGUAGGGCAGGAAAAGAAAGCUUCUUAACCUUGUUUAUAGGAAAUUUGUAAUGUGGCCUUUACAGUUCUGUAGAUCUUGUAAUGACUCUUUGAUAUUUUUGUUUUGUAAAGGGAAAAGGAGUAACCACUUCAAACUUGCACAGGGAUUCUUGUCUGUCAGCAGCGCACAGAAAUAUUCCAGAACUCCUGGAGCUGCCUUUUGCU